UGGGAGGGUUGGAACGGGAAACCACUGGAAGAGCCAACAUUGUUUUACCAUGGCUUGACCGAGUUAGCAGCAAACCUUCUUUACAGUGUCUCUGACGAGGUUGUAAACAUUGCGAAGGCUUUUGAAGAGAAGACAGGAACUUAUUACGUUUUGUCUAACGCAACAAGUUCUUCUUUUAUCAUAUCACAUAUACAUUUUUUUCAUCUACUUUUCCCUUAUUCCCAGUUAGGGAGUUGUAACCUGGAAAAUCCAAAGGCGAAGUAGUCAAUGCAAAGAGGAAAUAAAUGAAGCACAGCUGCUGCCGUGACCCUUUAAUUCUUUAAUCAGCAAAAUGUUAACUUUGUUUUGUUUCUAAUUUUCACGACGUUUUAUUGCAUCUGAUUGUAACAAGAUUUUAUCAGAUCGUAGCUUCUGAUUUUGUUUGUAAAGUUGCCUGUAAAUUAAUGUGGCAACGUCCAUCUGGAAUACAUAAACUUACCUCAUAAUUGUAAUCAGUUGUCAAGAUAUAGACAGUUGGUUCGGAAGACAUAUAAGUUAUUUUAGAAUAUUUAGUGAAAUGUGUGGAGAAGACUUGCACCAAGCGUCACAUUCCACCUUUAGCUUUCCAAGACUUAGAACUUUCCCCUGUUUUAUUAAAGGAUGAUAAUGAAUUCACAUUUUUAGUAGCUCUUUAAUUUCAUUUAGUAGUUCUUUAAUGUCACUUUGUCGACUGAAAACUGAGGAUGGAAAAUUCCUUCCAAAUUUCACCCGCCGUUACAUGAGGAGGAUAUACCUUUUGGCUUGGUUGUCAUCCGGGGCACGGGAGAAAUCGUAGGGCUGGAGACACCGAAUAUUGACAGGGUACUUACACGGAGUCAGCAGCAAAUGGGAAGGAGUACCUUGUGGACAGAAAAGUGCAAGGAAAAGAUAUCCUCUCCU